AUGGAUUGGACCAUAGGGGCAAAUUGUUAUCUACUUAAAGCCGUUUAUACUUAUGGGAAAGAUUGGGCCACUGUUAAAGCAGCCCUUGAAUUAAUCUCUAAAACCUUUUUAAAAGAUGAAAAGCAAAUAGAGUAUUCAGAAAAGACAUGCUCACUCCAAUAUAAAUAUGUUAUAGCGACGAUUAGACAGAAAUAUGCGCAUUUGAGUGAUCUUACAGAAGCUAAACUCCUUCAAUUGGCUAUGGAGUAUUAUACCGAUUUACGCAAAGACCAAGUAAAAAGGCUUCAUUUCGACUUGGUAAAAAAAAUAAAUUACCGUAAACGUUGUCGAGCAUUAGGUGCUCCAGACAUAAUCGGUCAAACACUUAAAUUAGAGCCGUUACCAACUAAUGACGCAGAAGACAAUGCGAUUCGGGCCGAAUUGAUCAGACAAAAUUGUGAAGAGCCUGAGUUGUCAUCUACGAUAACUGGACACGAUGGCAUGUGGACACCAGUAACGCGAGAGUGGCUAGCCAAUUUUUUCGAAAAUAAAUCCAUUAUAGAUUUGCAUCUCAUUGAUAUUGUGCAAGAUGUUGGUAUCCAUGGC